AAAAAAUCUUUGUAUGGAUAAGACGCUCACUCCGACGUCUUUCGUCGCGGGGCCAUCAAGCUGAAGCAGAGAAAUCGCCAAUGGGGUCUUUAGGGUUUCAGAUACCUACGAUAGCUUCAGCGAAACCAAUUUCGAUAGACACAAAGCCCAUUUCGUCGAUGGGUUGCUUCUUCACCAUUGUCGCUCCGACUUUUUCCAUCGUCUCCAUGGUUGCUUCUCCAAGAACCGGGAAAAGGGCGGGAAAUUUGGGGAUCAGGUGUUCAGCUACACUCAGUGUAGAAACUUCAGAGUCCAUUGGUGAUGUCGGGUCCUCUUCAACUUAUAAGAAGGUUCUUGUUCCGGUUGGGUAUGGUACGGAGGAAAUGGAAGCUGUUGUGUUGGUUGAUGUUCUGCGGCGCGCUGGUGCAGAGGUCACCGUGGCUUCGGUGGAGCCACAACUCGAGGUUGAAGCUUCAUCAGGCACCAGAUUGGUUGCUGAUGUAUCCAUCUCGAAAUGUACAGACAAAGUUUUUGAUCUAGUGGUGUUGCCGGGAGGCAUGCCUGGCUCUGUUAGGUUAAGAGACUCUGAAAUUCUGCAGCGGAUCAUGAAGAAACAAGCUGCAGAGAAGAGAUUAUAUGGAGCUAUUUCCACUGCUCCUGCUGUUACCCUUCUUCCAUGGGGGCUCUUGACGAGAAGGAAGACAACAUGCCACCCUGCUUUUUUCGGAAAUCUUCCAACUUUCUGGGCUGUUAAGACAAACACUCAAGUUUCCGGGGAGCUUACAACGAGCCGUGGGCCUGGGACUUCUUUCCAGUUUGCUCUUUCCCUGGCCGAGCAACUGCUCGGGGAAUCUGCUGCCAAGAGAGUGGGAGAAUAUCUGCUCCUGUCCCAUGCUCAUGAGAAUCCCAAGAAGGAAGAAUUCUGUAGCACUGACUGGUCUCUCAACCACAUUCCUCGUGUUCUUGUUCCUGUAGCCAAUGGAUCCGAAGAAAUUGAAGUGGUCACGAUUGCAGAUAUUUUACGGAGAGCAAAGAUAGAUGUCACGGUUGCUUCAGUCGAAAGAUCUCAUCGAAUCACCGCAUCCCAAGGCACUAAAAUUAUCGCAGACAAACUGAUCGAUGAUGCGGCUGAACUGUCAUACGAUCUGAUCAUUCUUCCGGGUGGACAUGUUGGGGCAGAACACCUGCAGAAAUCCAAGAUUCUGAAGAAACUUCUCAAGGAACAGCAGAAAAGCGGUAGAAUAUAUGGAGCGGUCAAUUCUUCAUCCACCGUUUUGCAUAAACACGGUUUACUGAAGGAGAAGAGAACAGCUUCAUACCCUUCUGACGCAGACGGGCAUACAAAUCAAAUCAUAGAAGGGGCUGAAGUUGUAAUAGACGGUAAGGUGAUUACGAGUCCGGGACUUUCCACGGUUGCAAAUUUCGCCCUGGCUAUUGUAAGCAAGCUGUUUGGGCACGGGAGAGCGAGAAGUGUUGCAGAAGGGCUUGUUCACGAGUACCCAAGGCAAUGGGCAACAUCUCAGACCAAAUGAAGAGACAUUCUCGAGGAUGACUUGAUCCAUGUCGGAGAUCAGACAUCUCGGGUUUCGAGACUUGUCUCGGUCACGGUAUAACAGAUACCCGGUAACGCAGACCCAGCCCUGCAUUUGAAAGAUUUAGGGACGAAUUCGAUCUCCAAGCAAGUUAUUAUAGCUAAGUUCCAACAGAUUACAGAGUAGACAACCAACACAUAUGUCAGAUGGAUUUGUCACAGUUGCUUUGCUUCACUCCCAAUGUUUUGUACUGUGAAAUCACAACCCCAUGAUUUGGGCUUUUGUCAUAACUCCUAAAUCAAAAGAGAGUUGGCUGUC